UCUCUCCCCGCACAAAAUCCCUGAAAAAUCAGAGAAACAAAACAACAAAUAAUGGAACAUGCAAAAUGCAGCAGCGGCAGCGGGUCGUCCAAGGCCCAAACACUUCUCAACCGCUCUGCCCAUUGCCUCAGCCGCCGAGAUUUCUCUACUUGCCGCAAGCUCGCUCUUCAAGCUCGAGAAUCCGACCCCUACAACUCCGCCUCCGACCAAAUCCUUGCCGUCGCCGACAUUCUGCUCGCCGCCAACCGCCAAAACCCACCUGAUUGGUACUCCGUUCUUCAGAUACCCCGACCCGGACCCGCAAACCCGACUCUCAUCCGGACCCAGUUCGAGAAACUCAGGACCCUCUUGCUCUUGAAACCCGGCAAGAACCGGUUCGCUUUCUCUCAGGAGGCUCUGUGGCUCAUCAAGAAAGCCUGGUCCGUACUAUCGGACCCGGAGAAGAAAACCCAUUUCGAAAACGGGUCUGAGGAAGGGAAAGAAAGCGGAAAACAGAGAGAGGAGAGGGAAGAAAUUGUGGGUAAUGGGAAAAAUGGCCGAGGGUAUAAUGGGGGAAAGACAUUCUGGACUCUGUGUCCGUACUGCUAUUAUAUGUUUGAGUACGAGAAGGUGUAUGCAGAUUGUUGCUUGAGGUGCCAGAAUUGCAGGAAAGGUUUCCAUGGCGUGGCGAUAAAGCCGCCGUCAGGGGAUGUGAUAGUGGAGGGAAAGGAGCAGUACAAUUUCUGUUUUGGCUACUUUCAAAUGGUGUAUAUGGACCCGAAUUCGAAGAUGGAGUCGGAGGUAGUUGACAAGAAAGACGAGAAUGUGGUGGUGAUAUCCGAUGAUGAUUCCGAUGAGGACGAUUUCGGUGAUGGUAAUGUGGGUUUUGAGGGAAUGCAUGAGGAAGUGGUGAGGAGUGGGAGUCAUGGAGCUGAAGGGAAGACGCCGGUGAAGAGGGUGAAGAUUCCGGCUGGGCGGAUAAAGAGCACGAAAUCAAAGUCCGUGGCGAGGAAUACGAAGAAGAUAAUGGGGAAUGGGAUGAGGAGUAGGAGGAUUGAGUUGGAGGAUGUUGAGAGAGUGAAAUGUGAGGACAUGGAGGUUGAAGAGGGAAAUGGAGUUGCUGAGGGAGAGGGGGGUAGUGGGAGUGGUGGAACGGGAGGGCUGGAGUUUUUUGAAGGAGAAGAUGAUAUCUUUGUUGGAAUUGGGGAUGGUCCCAUAUGAAAGGAAUGCAUUGCUUUUCGGGGUCGUUGACGGAAGCUUUCUGAAUGGUUGAGGUAGCUAGUGGAAGGGUUUUCACAGUUGAAAGGAGACUGGAUGAUGACUCAAUGAACCAGGUGAUUUCAUAUCAAAUCUGAAAAUUAGAUGAGUAGUUUAUUUUGGUAAAUUUAACCGACUUUUAUCUUGUAAAAAUGAAAAGUAAAGCAGAGGUUCUGCUACAUCUCUUUGCUUUCGGUAUAGUGCAUCUGUGCUAGUCGCUGAGAGUACAUGCCUGUCUACUUCUUUCUGACUCUGGUUAGUUUUGUGGAAGAACAGAUGGGGCUUAAUGAAUUUGGGGACCGAAAUUAACCUUAUCAUAAA